AUGUCUGGCAUCACCCUACACCUCCGGUCCGAGACCAAGCCGCUGGAGCACCGCAGUGCUCUGACCCCCUUCACGGCAUCCGAGCUGAUCAAGGCUGGCUACACCCUCAAUGUCGAGCGCAGCCCUGUUCGCAUCUUCGACGAUGCCGAGUUCGAGAAGAUUGGCGCCACCCUCGUCCCCGAGGGUAGCUGGACCGAAGCCCCCCAAGACCACAUCAUUGUUGGCCUCAAGGAGCUUCUUGAGGAGGAUUUCCCUCUGAAGCACGUUCACGUCCAGUUUGCGCACUGCUACAAGCAGCAGGGCGGGUGGGAGAACGUCCUGGCCCGCUUCCCUCGUGGUGGCGGCACCCUCUACGACCUCGAAUUCCUCGAGAAGGAGGUCGCCCCCGGCCGCUUUGCCCGAGUCGCCGCCUUUGGCUGGAGCGCCGGUUUCUCUGGUGCUGCUCUGGCUCUCCAGAACUGGGCCUGGCAGCUCAACAACCCCGGCAAGCCCCUGCCUUCGGUCGAGAGCUAUCCCAACGAGGACGAGCUCAUCACUGCUGUCAAGAAGAGCAUUGCCGAGGGCAAGGAGAAGGCCGGCAAGCUACCCCAGGUCCUCGUGAUCGGCGCCCUCGGCCGCUGCGGCAGCGGUGCCGUCGAGCUGUGCCGCCGCGUCGGCCUGCCCGAGGAGCAGAUCCUCAAGUGGGAUCUCGAGGAGACGAAGAAGGGCGGCCCCUUCACCGAGAUUGUUGAGAGCGACAUCUUUGUCAACUGCAUCUACCUCAACAGCAAGAUUCCCAACUUUGUCGACUUUGAGUCUCUCAAGUCGCCCAAGAGGCAGCUGUCCGUCGUCUGCGACGUCUCUGCUGACACCACCAACCCCAACAACCCUGUCCCCAUCUACACCGUCGCCACAACCUUCGACAAGCCCACAGUGCCCGUCGAGGGACUCGAGAACCCGCCCCUGAGCGUCAUCAGCAUUGAUCACCUUCCCAGCCUCCUCCCCCGUGAGGCCUCCGAGACGUACAGCAAGGACCUGCUGCCGUACCUGCUCACGCUGAAGGACCGCAAGACGGACCCCGUCUGGACGAGGGCUGAGAAGCUCUUCAACGACAAGGUCGCUACGCUGCCGGCCGACCUGCAGAAGCCUGCUCAGUGA